AUGAUCCAACCGGGCCUGGAGAGGAUCGCCCAGCUGCUGAAGAACGUUCACUUCUCCUGGACGUCGAUCCAUGUCGCCGGCACCAACGGCAAAGGCUCCAUAUGCCACUACGCGUCGACGCUGCUCACGCGCAGACUCAUCAAGUGCGGUAAAUUCACCUCACCCCAUCUUGUAAACAGAUGGGACUGCAUCUCCAUCAAUGAAAGGCCCGUCAAUGAGCGGCUCUUUCGCAAGAUAGAGACGCAUUACGCCCAGCUUAGUCAAAGAGAAGGCAUCAAUGCCUCGCCAUUCGAGAUCUUGACUGCUACUGCGUUCCACAUCUUCAACGAAGAGAAAGUCGAAGUGGGAGUCGUCGAGGUGGGCAUGGGCGGCAGGCUCGAUGCGACCAACAUACUAAACAACCAAGCAGUCUCGGUCAUCUCCAAAAUCGCCCGGGACCACCAAGGCUUCUUGGGCACCACCCUGGAAGAGAUUGCUCACCACAAAGCGGGAAUUCUCAAGCCCAAUGUACCUUACAUCGUCAAUCCACAGAAUGAGUGGAACGUUCAAAAUACCAUUGAUCAGUUCGCCAAAGAGAUUGGCGCGGGUCCUCGCCUCACUGGCGACACUCGUGAGCUCAGAGAGACUCUGUUCUCCAGUCCCAACUGGCAUCGCUUUGCUCAGACACUGCAGCCGUUUCAGCGCGACAAUGCAGUCUUGGCUAUAGUCGCCAUCAAGGAAACAGCCAGCCGCUUGGGACUCGAGCUCAGCAACUCCAAGCUUGCCGAAGCGUUGGUGAGCAUUAGGAGGAAAGCGAUACCCGGACGACUUCAGUAUCACAGAGUCCAACCCGUGUUUGGUAACCCACACAGGUCGGGAAGAGAGAUAGUCGUCGACGGAGCCCACAAUCCAGAUGCUGCGAAAGCACUCAAUGAGUUCGUCUUGAAGAAUGAGAGACAAAGAAAUAUUUCCGGGCUGAGUCGACCCAGGAGCGGAUGGCCCGUUACUUGGGUGCUUGCCAUGACUGAGGGCAAAGAUGCUCGUCAGUAUCUCGAAAUCUUACUACAGCCAGGAGACAGUGUCAUUACUACCUCGUUCGGACCCGUUGAUGGCAUGCCAUGGGUGAAACCAAUGGAUCCGACGCAACUCCUCCACAUAGCAAAGGCCGUGCAGCCCGGGAUCACAGGAUUACCUAUGAAUUCACAAGGAGCGCUUCGGGCGUUGUGUGCGGCAAAGUAUCUCACUGAGACCGACCAUCCUAUAGUCUUGACCGGAAGUCUCUAUCUGAUUGGUGACUUCCACCGUGAACUGCGGCCAAGGGGAAACAAGACCUGGUGGACCGAUCCAGAGCGAGAAGAUGACAGAGCUUUUUUCAAGUCCAUGCAUGAAGAGCAACGGCGUCGUGUCAACCAGGUGCUCAGUCUCCAAGAGCCGGAUGCGUUACAGGGUGAAGCAGAUAUCGGAGAAAGCGAGCAGGCAAAGAGACAGAGACUUGCGCGGGAGAGCAGAGGGAAAUUGCAAUAUGAAAUCGAAGACCUCAAUCGCCAACUGAAAACCCUUGAAGCCGAAGAGCAUCGCAUCUCGCGCAGCCGCUCUUUUGAGAGCAAGAAAUCCCGCUCCAUACUCGAUUAUACCCAGGCUUUGAAUAACCAGAAUGCCGACUUGGAGGAUAUCCGCCGGCAGCUUGAAGUACUACCAGUAGCAGGACGAGAAGUGCCAUCAGGGUACAGCUUGCAGAGACAGAUGAACAAGGCGCUCGAUUCUAUGUCCUCCCUGGCUGAGCCAGAGGACGAGAGGAAAGAUUCUUCAAGGAGAGAUGGAGCACUAGAAGAUGCGGAUGGGAGCAAACCCCGCAUUAGGAUUCAUAAGCACCUUGCGGGGGAUAAUAAGGGUGUCGAUCGUAGAAGAUCGCUGUAA